CAACAUAGAGAGGAUGCUUUAGCUGAUUAUAGUGCUGCUGAUGCUUCAAUUCCUAAAUUACAAAAUUUAUUAUCUCAAUAUAAUAUUCAAGACAUCUAUAAUAUGGAUGAAACAGUGUUAUUUUAUUGUCUUGAACCUGAUUCAAUAUUAGCUAAUAAAAAAGAUUGGAUGACUGAAAUAAUAUUUAGCAAAUGGAUACAAGAAUUUGACCAAAAAAUGAAUAGAUAUAAUGUUGUUCUUCUAAUAGAUGGAGCAAUGAGUUAUAAACUUGACAAUGUAACUCUUGAAAAUACUAAACUCUUUCAAGAGCAACAAGUUAAUACAGAAGUUGAUAGAUACUUUGAUGAAAAUACAGUUAAUAAACUGCCUAUGGACCAAGGGACUGUGGACCUUUUAACACUUGCUGAAGAUACUGAUCCUGAUAGUUCUGAAAAAGAAGAAUGA